AUGCUCAUGCCCAGAACUGUGGCUCAUUCGUUGUCCGCUUUCAGACGACGGCGGUCCUGUCUACGCUAUAAAAGAGAAGCAUCCAAAAAGAUGUGCAAAUUCACCAAUCGUCUGUUUGUCUUGUUCUUUCUGCAAUUUAUUGGCUUGGCCAUGGCAAAGCCAUCAAAAAUGCGUAGCUCUGCCAGCGAUUUGCUGGAGCUUUUGUACAACGAUUAUGGGGACUAUGGCUAUCAGCAAGAGGAGAUCCAUUAUGAUCAACGUCAGAAGGGCGAAGAAAAUCUGAAAUUACGUUUAGAUGGUUUCGUAAUUGGAAUGCCAUCGCAAGAUGAUUCCUCCUGGCUGGACAUACUUGCCGAUGAAUAUCUAACUAAUCCAUUCUCGAAAAAAACAGCUGCAGCAGACGGCGAGAAUUCUGUAGCGGACACAAUGACAGCACAAGUAGUAAAUAUACCCGCUCCAAAAAAGGACAUCGAAAGCCGACAACACGCUAAUGAUGAAACCGCAAAUCCACCGCGAACGAAGACUCAUAUGCUUCAACUACUGCAAAUGUUGCGACGCACACAGCCCUAAAAUAAAUUAUUAUUAUAAUUUCAAUUAUUAAGCAUACACAACAUUUACAAUAUAUACAAAUUUUAUCGAA